UGUCAGUGACAGUGAAAAUUUCUCAUCGACUACACAAUGGUGGUGGGAAAAUUCUAGAAAAUCAGUGUAAAAUGCUGGGUAGGAAGCAAAGUCUCAAAGGCGAACCAAUCCUUGCGGACUACGGACCCGAAGAGUCGUUAAACGAAAGUGCAGACAUUGAGUGGAUUAAUAAACUAUGGGUGAGACGGUUGAUGCGUCUCUGUGCCCUAGUUUCCCUGACUUCCGUCUCCCUAAACACCCCCAAGACCUUCGAGAGGUACCCCCCGUUGCAGUACAUCACCUUCGUGUGCGACACCAUCGUCACGUUCCUCUUUACAUCGGAGAUGAUUGCAAAGAUGCACAUCCGGGGUGUGUACAAGGGUGAGGUGCCCUACCUCAAGGACCACUGGUGCCAAUUUGACGCAACAAUGGUCAUCUUUCUCUGGAUGUCUAUAAGUUUGCAGAUAUUUGAGAUCCUGGGAAUAGUUCCAGGGUUCUCCUAUCUGUCCAUUAUGCGUGCACCACGACCACUCAUAAUGAUUCGCUUUCUGAGAGUUUUCCUGAAGUUUUCCAUGCCGAAGAGUCGUAUCAACCAAAUUUUCAAGCGGUCUAGUCAGCAAAUCUACAACGUAACCCUCUUCUUCCUGUUCUUCAUGUCUCUCUAUGGGCUGUUGGGGGUGCAAUUUUUCGGCGAACUUAAGAACCAUUGCGUUCUUAAUACAACGGAAAUGGACACCUUAACAAUCAACUCUUUGGCCAUCCCAGACACCUUCUGCUCCACUGAUGAAGAUUCAGGAUACCAAUGUCCUGAUGGAAUGAAGUGCAUGAAGAUGGACUUCCUUUCAAGCUACGUUCAGGGUUUCAAUGGCUUCGAAGAUAUCGCAACGAGCAUCUUUACAGUGUAUCAGGCUGCAUCGCAAGAAGGCUGGGUAUUCAUAAUGUACCGAGCAAUUGACUCUCUCCCAGCAUGGCGAGCUGCCUUCUACUUCAGCACAAUGAUCUUCUUCUUAGCUUGGCUUGUGAAGAACGUUUUCAUUGCUGUCAUUACGGAGACUUUCAAUGAAAUCCGUGUACAAUUUCAGCAAAUGUGGGGUGUGAGGGGACAAAUUCAGAACAGUACGGCAUCGCAGAUCCUAUCAGGAGAUGAUACAGGAUGGAAACUUGUAACGAUAGAUGAAAACAAACAUGGAGGACUGGCACCGGAGACAUGUCAUGCUGUUCUACGAUCUCCAUAUUUUCGACUCCUAGUUAUGACCGUGAUCCUAGCGAAUGGGAUUGUAACAGCCUCGAUGCACUUUAAGCAUGAUGGACGACCACGUCAAGUUUUCUACGAGAGCUACUACUACAUCGAGGUUGCUUUCACAUUCUUCUUGGAUUUGGAGACGCUUUUCAAAAUCUACUGCCUCGGCUGGAGAGGAUACUUCAAGCAUUCCAUCCACAAAUUUGAACUACUUCUUGCAAUUGGAACAACCCUUCACAUAAUUCCUGGACUCUACCUCUCCGGAUUGACGUACUUCCAAGUCCUGCGUGUUGUUAGACUCAUUAAGGCUUCACCAAUGCUCGAAGGAUUCGUUUAUAAGAUUUUUGGACCAGGAAAGAAACUCGGCUCAUUGAUCAUCUUCACAAUGUGCUUACUUAUAAUCAGCUCCAGCAUUUCGAUGCAGCUCUUUUGCUUCCUGUGUGACUUUACAAAGUUCGAAAGCUUUCCCGAAGCUUUCAUGUCUAUGUUCCAGAUUCUCACGCAGGAAGCUUGGGUGGAAGUUAUGGAUGAAACUAUGAUACGCACCAGCAAAACCCUCACACCCCUCGUUGCCAUGUACUUUAUCCUUUAUCAUCUCUUCGUCACGCUGAUUGUGCUCUCACUUUUCGUCGCAGUCAUCUUGGACAAUUUGGAGUUGGAUGAAGAUAUCAAGAAGUUAAAGCAACUAAAGUUCCGGGAACAAAGUGCUGAGAUCAAGGAGACACUUCCAUUUAGAUUGAGAGUUUUCGAAAAAUUCCCAGACUCUCCACAAAUGACAAUCCUGCACAAAAUCCCGAAUGAUUUUACUCUUCCCAAAGUGAGGGAAUCGUUUAUGAAGCACUUUGUAACUGAAUUAGAAUCAGACGAUCCAUCUUUAGUUGAGGGAAUCAUGAAGCAACCAACUUCGGAGUACUGGGAGUCCAAUAUUGUCUUCAAGAAGCGCAAACCCGUGAGGAUUAUGUACUGUACCCCGAAAGUUCGAUCAGUUGGAAGCAGCUUGAGAAAAUUGGCUAUUACGCACAUUAUCAAUGACUCCAACAAUCAGAGAUUAAUGUUGGGAGAUUCAGCCAUACUGCCAGUUGUUGGUGCCAAAUCUGGAUUGAAAUCUCAGGGCACUGUAACACACCCUAAGCAGUGGAGGAUGGAUCAGAAGAAAUUUGGGUCUAGAUCAAUCCGUCGAAGUGUUCGGAGUGGUUCGAUCAAAUUGAAGCAGACUUAUGAACAUCUAAUGGAAAAUGGUGAUAUUGGAGCAGCAUCCAGGGUGACUUCAUCCCGUGCUCGGCCUCAUGAUCUUGAUAUUAAACUCCUUCAGGCGAAGAGGCAGCAAGCAGAGAUGCGUCGAAAUCAGCGAGAGGAAGAUCUGAGGGAGAAUCAUCCCUUUUUCGACACACCGCUCUUCAUUGUUCCAAGAGAAAGCCGCUUCAGGAAGUUUUGUCGUAAAAUCGUCCACGGUCGCUACGAUGCACGACUCAAGGAUCCAUUAACGGGAAAGGAGCGAAAAGUUCAGUACAAAAGUCUUCACAAUUUCCUGGGCUUAGUUACCUAUCUCGACUGGGUGAUGAUCUUCGUAACAACCCUGUCUUGCAUUUCAAUGAUGUUUGAAACUCCCACCUACCGUAUUAUGGAGCAUCCAGCUCUUCAGGUUGCUGAGUAUGUUUUUGUGAUCUUUAUGAGUUUGGAAUUGGCUCUGAAGAUCCUCGCUGAUGGUUUAUUCUUCACACCAAAAGCCUACAUAAAAGACGUGGCGUCUGCUCUUGAUGUUUUCAUCUAUGUUGUCUCCACGACUUUCCUUUGUUGGAUGCCAAAGCAAGUGCCAAGUAAUUCUGUAGCACAACUCCUCAUGAUCCUCAGAUGUGUUCGUCCUUUGAGAAUUUUCACCCUUGUGCCGCAUAUGCGGAAAGUCGUGUACGAACUGUGUAGGGGUUUCAAGGAGAUUCUUUUGGUAUCAACACUCCUCAUUCUUCUUAUGUUUGUCUUCGCAAGCUAUGGCGUUCAACUGUAUGGAGGAAGGCUUGCCCGGUGCAAUGAUCCGACAAUUUUAAAGCGAGAGGACUGCGUUGGAGUCUUCAUGAGACGAGUUUUCGUUACAAAGAUGAAGCUCACGCUUGGUGUUAAUGAAUCCUACCCAUCAAUGCUGGUUCCACGUGUCUGGGCAAAUCCUCGACGUUUCAAUUUUGACAAUAUCGGCGAUGCUAUGUUGGCACUUUUUGAAGUUCUCUCCUUCAAAGGCUGGCUCGAUGUUAGGGAUGUCCUGAUCAAGGCAGUUGGACCUGUUCAUGCAAUCUACAUUCACAUUUACAUUUUCUUAGGAUGCAUGAUUGGCCUAACAUUGUUCGUGGGUGUUGUUAUUGCAAACUAUUCAGAAAAUAAGGGAACUGCUCUGCUUACGGUUGAUCAGAGAAGAUGGUGCGAUCUGAAGAAACGACUAAAAAUUGCGCAACCUCUGCAUCUUCCACCUAGGCCCGAUGGGCGCAAAGUCCGAGCUUUUGUCUACGACAUCACGCAGCAUAUAAUCUUUAAGAGAUGCAUUGCUAUUGUAGUCCUCGUCAACAGUAUGCUCUUGUCAAUCACAUGGAUAAUGAAUGAGGUUCAUACGGAACGCCUUGUAAUCGUCAGUACACUCCUUAAUUUUGUCUUUGUCCUCGAGGUGGUGAUGAAGAAUAUUGCCUUUACACCUCGUGGCUAUUGGCAGAGUCGUAGGAAUCGCUACGAUCUUCUCGUCACUGUUGCUGGAGUCGUCUGGAUUUUCCUUCAGAUCAUCCUUCGGAGUCCUCUGUCGUACUUCCUAGGAUUUAUGGUGGUCAUCCUGCGUUUCUUCACCAUUACUGGAAAGCAUACAACCCUAAAGAUGUUGAUGCUGACUGUUGGUGUGUCAGUUUGCAAGUCCUUCUUCAUCAUCUUCGGUAUGUUUCUCCUGGUAUUCUUCUACGCCCUUGCUGGAACAAUCCUCUUUGGGACGGUUAAAUACGGCGAAGGCAUCGGGAGACGUGCAAACUUUGGAUCUCCAGUAACGGGCGUUGCAAUGCUGUUUAGGAUUGUAACUGGAGAAGAUUGGAACAAAAUCAUGCACGACUGCAUGGUACAACCACCUUACUGCACACCAUCUGGAAAUUACUGGGAAACUGACUGUGGAAACUUUACAGCAAGUCUCAUCUAUUUCUGCACCUUCUACGUCAUCAUAACGUACAUUGUCCUUAACCUCUUAGUGGCUAUUAUUAUGGAGAACUUUUCCUUGUUCUAUUCAAAUGAGGAAGACGCCUUGCUCUCAUACGCUGAUAUUCGUAACUUCCAGAAUACAUGGAACGUCGUUGAUAUUCAUCAGCGAGGAGUUAUUCCAGUACGACGUGUUAAGUUCAUUUUGAGACUCCUCAAAGGACGCCUCGAGUGUGAUCCACAGAAAGAUCGUCUUCUCUUCAAGUACAUGUGCUACGAAUUGGAUAAGCUGCACAAUGGCGAGGAUGUUACCUUCCAUGAUGUAAUCAAUAUGCUAUCAUACAGAUCUGUUGACAUCAGGAAGGCUCUGCAACUGGAGGAAUUACUGGCACGAGAGGAAUUUGAGUACAUUAUAGAGGAAGAAGUUGCUAAGCAGACCAUUAGAACUUGGCUGGAAGGAUGUCUCAAGAAAAUACGAUCUCAGAACAUUGCAAAACAACAGAAUUCCCUCAUUGCCGGUCUCAGAGCAACAAAUGAAGUCCCCAAAUCCGAUUCAACCGAAGAUAAACUCCCCAAAGAACCACAAGAUAUUGAGCAGGAAGUGAAGGAUGCUGAAGCACUACGGCUACGGAAGAAAUCUCAAAAUGUUCUCAAUCGUUCUGAUUCCACGGGAAGUGCAAGUGGAAGGAAGUUUCUAGCGCCAACACUAUCGGAUCCACAGGCACGCAAUGAGAAGGAACGUUUUGCCAAUAGCAAGAAGAAAACCCCGCGUCCACAGGCAACUACCAAGAACAAUUUGCCGCUCUUGAAUGAAUUUUCGCACAAUCAGACACAAAUUGUGGGAUCCAUUAAUCAAACUAAUCUUAUUUACGAAGUCCAAGGAUGGUUCCAGGAGCAAGUUACUUGUGCUAUGAGUAGCGAUGAAGAAGAGUAGGAUGUUUUAUGUUUAAUUAGGAGGAUCUUGACGAUUUAUGUGAAAAAAAAAUGGCGGCAUGUAGCUAUUACGAAACAUAGUAAUGCGUAUAAAUUAGUAAGGAGAUUAAUUUUUACCGCCAUCUUGGAAAAAACUUUCGUUAAUUGAUCAAAAAUUGAUUUUAUCUUGUGAAGUAUGGUGUUUUCACAGGGCUGUUUAAUGUUGGAGUAUGUUGUAUUUUAUGUUUGAUUGUUGUUUUUAUUAAUUCCAAGAAAUAGGUAAAUGAUCGAUUAAAAAUUAGGAAAAUAUAACUACAAUAUCUGUACGUUCUUAUCUGUAUUAUUGCGUACCUAACUUAGAAAGAUUAGUUUCUUUAAUUUGUGUUUAUCUUAAUCUUUAUGAAUUAUUUUUAAUCUAUAAAACUUUGUGAUGGUGGAAGGAAAAUUGUAAGAAAAAUUACCCCACUUACCUUUAAUUCCUUUAUUUUCCAAGUAGUGGACACGGGCAUAGCCUUAACGGCCAAAAUUAACACAAAUUCACUGCACAAGAUAGAAAAAUGUUAACAAAUUCAUCUGUAUUCAAUGUUAAGAGAAUAAAUUCUGUGUUUACUAGAAUAAAAUUCACUUUGUGGAGCUUCUUUUGCAAACUUUUCACAUUUUCUUCUGCAAAAAAU